GAUAGUCACCCUGGCCACACACAAUACACAAACUUCUCCCCUAUUCAAUCACACCUCACAUUUUAGCUGUCCACCGAGAAAUCCAUUUACCCAAGGUAAUCUUUUAUGGCUAUGAGAAGUUGGUCAUCUACUCUUCCUCCUCGGCGUUCUCAGCACCCUCUUGGGCACGGAGCUUUCUUCUUCUCACACGGCCGGGGCGUCCACCACCGUAGGGAGAAGUGAGGGCAAAGUCAAUGUGCUUUUGAGAGUCCAAACGAACAACGAAGGAGGGGACAUUGACAAUUUGCUUACCAACACGGAUGUGGCGUUGACGGAUCAAGACACGAGCGUGGUGGAUAGACUUGGCAAGACCAAGCUUGAAGACUUGGGUUUGGAGACGACGCUCCAAGAAGUCCUCAAUACGGAGAGCCAAGACGUAAUCCAACUUCAUACGGGUCUCGUCCAGGAUACCCAAACGAACAAGACGACGGAUAAUAGCGUUACCCUCGAAGAGACGCUUAGGGUCCUUCUCGUCCAAGGUCAAAAGCUCACGAGCAGCACGACGAAUCUUGGAGAGGGUAAGGGCAACACGCCAGAUUUCGCGCUUGUUUCUCAAGCCAUACUCACCAGCCAACUUGAGCUCGGCAUCAAGACGAGCCGACUCGUAGGGACGACGGGGAACCUUGUAAGUCUUUGAUUGCUUACGGGGAGCAGAAGGCAUGGUUGGGUGUGCUUUGGGCUUGGCACGGUAUCGUGUAGGCAAAAAACACCAGCGUGACGGUGUUAUUGUUGUUGUGUUUAGGUUAGGGUUCGUGACGGUGGGAAAUUGAAGGGGGUCGGAGAAUAUCGUUCUUCCCUUUACCUAUAUCAUGAACGGACUUACACCAAUAAAGUUGUGGCUUAAGCAGAUGCUUAACGAGUAUAAACUUGUUUUAUAGAUUCGUCUUUGUUUCUCUUCUCUGGUUUCGGAUACCUUUUUAUUAAACAAAACCUCGAUUUUUUGUUGUUUUUUUGUUUUUUUUUGUUUUUUUUUGUUUUUUAUCGAUUUUUUGGUUUUCAACUUUUAUUCCGCAUUCAUAUAGCUUCCAUUUCCAUGCAAUGUGUUCAGAAAAAAACGGAAAAUCCCCGAAAGGGUCUACCUACCUUCCAGGCCGCCUUUAUUUCUUCUGCUGUUAGUAGUGUUGUUGGGUUUCCCUUUGAUUCGAUAAAAGUGAGACAGCAAACAUACAAGUUUCCUUCUAUUCUAGCAUGUGCACGCCAUACCUUACGAACGGAAGGAUGGGGCGGCUUUUAUCGUGGUAUGACAAUGCCUCUCAUCUCAACAGCCAUUACACGCUCUAUCUCGUUCACUCUUUAUACUGAGAAUCGAAAGCGGACCGCGUUUCUGAAUCCCUACCUCUCUCCAUUUGUUUCUGGAUUAUGUACAGGCGCAUUAAUAUCAAUAUUUGCCUGUCCAUUUGAAUUUAGCAAGCUGUACUCACAGCUUGAUGUUCUAAUGAAGGCAUCCGACCCCACCUAUAAGUCAACUGCUAAGUCGCAAAAGCCCUUGUCUUCGCUCCAAAGCGCUCGAGACAUUGUACAUCGUCGCGGAUUCACAAAACUUUGGACUGGUCUUCCCUACCAUGCAAUGCGAGACGGUUUUGGUUCAGCAUGGUAUUUCGCAAUUUACGAAACCCUUCGUUUUCGACUACUUCAGACUGGGAUAUCGAAACACGCGGCCUAUGCACUGUCUGGUGCCUUUUGUGGUGCACUUUCGUGGAUUCUUGUUUUUCCCGUGGACACCGCGAAGUCGCUUGUGCAACGAAACGCACUUCUUAAAAAGAGCACUUCACUUAGUAGUAUUCCCUGGUUUACUCGUGCAAUGUAUCGUGGUAUAUCCAUCUCUCUCAUCCGCAGUGCCCUUCUUAAUUCGUGUAACUUUACUCUUUACGAACUCUUUCGUUCUAUCGAGCGCAAAUCUUAGCAACAAAGCACGGUGCUCCAGUUUUGACUACAUUUUUUAUUACACUCUCUUUCACGUAACUACAGUAUUUAUUCUCUUGAAAAUGGCAAUUUGUCACUGC